AUCCUAGAGUCAGUGUAUGUGGGUGCUAUCUCUAGACAACUGUCACCCAGAGAUCAGGGGAAUACCUGGUCUGACGCGCUGCAAGACUGACUUCAGCGAAUGUGCUUGUAUGCCCAUGUGUGUUGAAGUCCCAGGUGAGUGAACACCCUCACGUAGUGUGUGCUUUGACGUUGGAAAGUCAGGAAGAGUAUCCGGUGGUGGCUGUCCUCAGCGGCAGGGAGAUAACAUGGUACACGGCGACAGAAGCACCUGAUCCUGUUACCUGCUAAUGAAAAAAGAAAAGGACAUUCGAGAUCAUUCAUCAUCCUUUAUGAACUUUAUGCUGGUGAUGUCUUUAAUCCAGGUGAUUUUAGACAUAGUGUCACAUGGGUGUUGUAAGAUGAUCAAUGGCCUGUGAUAAUGGGAGCAUUUAAAAGUGCUAAAACUAAUGUUAAACCUUCUUGAGCCUGAUUUUCUUCAACUGCAACUUGAGUUUUAAAGGCUUUUAAACUGGACCCAGUCUUCGUGGUGGACGUCAAGCCUCAGUCGGGGGAAGACUAGCGAUUUUCCAGCCUGCUGCUUGGGUUAAUUACUGCUUGUGGGUUGCAGCACUCGUGUUGGGAUUUCCAGGACUCACAGUGGAGGUUUUUCUAUCUAGCAGACAAAAAAGACGUAAAGUUGUCGUCCAGGUUGCAACGACACCUGUGGAUGUGGACCAGUGAAUUUCUACAAGUUUGGUCAGUUCAUUAAGUGGAUCCUUUUUUUUUUUUGGCAACAGAUUUUAUUUUCAUUCCAUAGGAGCCUCGUGGAUUUAAAACCCAAUUACUUCAAGUAUACACCGUGUGAUGUAUUUCUACUUUUGAUUCCACACUUGUGAGAAACAGUUCGUCGCAGCUUAACUCUUGAGCUUUUAAAGUAUCCUCGACCUUAUUGACUAAUUUUUAAGAGGGUAUGAUGAGGGACAAGCGUUCUGGGUCUUUUAGGAUGGACAGGGACAAGACAGACAAAGCCGCCCCGAUCUCUCGUGCUCUCAGCUGGCUGAACGUGUCCUCGCUGUCACAGCAGACCCGUAAACUGUUCCGCAGCCAGAACAACCUCCAUAGACACUCCCACACUCCACAUGGAGUGGAUGAAGAUGAUGAUGACUGGGUGUAUGAACCCCAGCACUACAGAGCUGUAUCUAAUCUGGAUGAAGAGAAAAAGUGGACUGUGCACUACACGGCUCCAUGGCACCAGCAGGAGAACGUCUUUCUGCCGGGCUCCAGACCAGCCUGCGUGGAAGACCUGCACCGCCAGGCCAAAGUUAACUUGAAAACAGCUCUCAGAGAAUGUGAUAAACUGAGGAAAGAUGGUUUCCGUAGCUCACAGUACUACUCACAGGGGCCCACCUUCUCAGGCUCCUCAAACUCGCAACAUGAGGAUGAGGACAUCGAAGGUGAUGAAGCUGAUAAAAAGUCCACAGCAUCUUCAGGAGAGGAAGAGAAAGACUCCUGCCAAAUGAGAGCACAGAAUUCCACACAGGAGGAGGGGGUUGAGGUUGAUGGACAAAUGUCACGGUCCAAAGCCCCGCCCCUGCCCACUCCAGAAGAGAAGAUGAGGCAGCAGGCUCAGGCUGUUCUCACAGAUAUUGUCCCCAUCGAUGUCACAGGGGAGACGUUUGACAGGCAGGCCAGCAUCCGCCGCUCCCUAAUAAACACUGACACUCUGGUCCGCCGGCCCAAGAAGGUUAAGCGAAGAAAGACUAUUUCAGGGGUGCCUGACAGCGUCCAACAGGAACUAGCGGCUAAGGGGCGUGGAGGAGAGCUUCGGCCACAGUCCAUGUUUAUCCCUGGACAGUAUUCAACACUUGGGCGAGUCAUGAACAGGAAUUCAACUCUCCAUCGAUCUAUAACAAAAGAUUCUGGCUGCCAGACUGAGGAGGUGAAAAUUGUCCCACCCUCUGUGAGGAGAAUACGAGCUCAGAAGGGCCAAGGAAUUGCUGCUCAGAUGGCCGGCAUCUCCACUUCUGCCACUAACAUCUCUUCUGUUUAUGAUGGGAGCUCACCUGGAAGUUCUGUUGUUGUAAUGGCACCACAGUUUGGCAAUGAUAUCCAACGUUUUCACAGCUUGCCACGAGGUGCACGGGUCUCACUAAAUGCAGAGCCCCUUUACAGUAGCACCCCUUUUAGGCAAGAAGACUCUGCUGCAAAAGCACCUCAGCAGAUUGGAAAAUUACAAGUAGAUGAUACUGUGGUGCACAUGAGGAAUGCCCCCAGGGUAUGUACCCAAGCCCGGCCAAAAUCUCAGGAGGUGAGAGGUACUCAAAAGGAUUGGGGAUCUGUCUCAGGUCCAGCCUGUGUAGUUUCUCCACAUGCAGCCUACUCAACCUCACUUAUACCUAAUGCUACUCUGUCAUGUUCUGCUGAGGUUAUUGCACUUCACACCACAUCGAGUCCAGGCCAGAGCCCACUUGCUGGGUCACCAUACACUAGAGCUAGACCUCUUAGCAUGGUCUCAGCUGUCAAUAGUGAGAGCACUAGUAGUGUAGGCACAGGAUCGCACACACCAGAAGCAGGCAUGAAGGAUACCUGUAGUGAGACUGGCCAGUCCGAUAGCAGUUUGCACAGCCACAGCACCAUUGCUGCAGGAACAUUGUCUUCAGAUGAGCAAUGGAUUUAUGACACUCCUGAGAAUGUCUUGCCCAGAAGGACACUGACUUCCAGUUGCUCAACACCCAUAAAUAAUCUCUAUAGUAGCCUUGAACGCUCCUCAAAAGGCACAGACUCUAGUUCACUCUACUCUAUGGACAAUGAUGGCUACUACACAUCCAUGCAUCUGGAUUCAGGCCUUAGGUCAAGGAGCCAGGGUAGUGGCCAUGGUCAUGGUAUAGGAGGAAGAGCAGCAAGACACAGUAUGUAUGAGUGCCUGGGUCAGCAAGAAGACAGAACCAGCUUGUACAGUGACCACUCACUGUCACGUUCCAUCUCUCUACGCAAGCCUAAGAAACCACCUCUUCCACCAGCACGCACAGACUCUCUACGACGAAAGCCUAAGAAAACCAGCUCUCCCACUGCCAAUAUUGUAGGGCCGGAUAUUAGCAAUGGUUCUCUUCUCAAUGAGUCAUUGAUUGCCACGCUCCAACAGUCACUUCAGAAUGGGCUGAAAGGCAAAGGGUCCUCCACCUCACCGUCUCACAGUCCUUGUAGCGAUUAUGAGGACCCCUGGAUGCUUCGUCCCAGGAGCCAGAGCAGCAUCAGUGCAGGCAGCAGUGGUGUAUCAGCAGCAGGGAUGGCUCAUGUGUACUCCAUCUGUCAUGUCACACCUUCUCAUAGUGAUACUAGUAGCCUCCGUUCUGAUUAUGCAGACUCUUGGGGCUACUACAUGGAUUAUCCUCGUCCAUCUGGAGAUCAAACACAGUCACCAUGCACCAAUUCAUUUUCUGCUGGACAAGUGGGUGAGAUGGCAAAUGGAAGAGGCCUCCACAAUGGUAACCAGGCUACUCUUCCUCCUGCUCAGGAAGGAAGUGUGAAGCCCAGAGCAGGCACCUCAUCACCAGACAGGGUACAUCGGUUGACUUCUCCAUCAAGUGGAUACUCAAGUCAAUCCAAUACUCCAACAGCUGGCACUCCUGUCCCCUCCUUUAUGAGAUGCAUGUCCCCAUCAGGCAGCAAGCCCAAACCCAGAGUGCCUGAAAGAAAGUCAUCCUUGCUCUCAUCUGUAUCCAUAUCCUCUUCUUCCACCUCUCUUUCUUCUAACACUUCUGAUUCCAAUAGGAACAAUAUUCCUCCUCCACCUCCUCUUCCAGCUGCCCCUGUGGCUCUUGUACCUUUCAAUCCUCCAUCCUUUCCUCCUCCCCUUGCGCCCUCCAGCCCUGUGUGCACUGCAGACGAGAAGUUUCCUCCUCCACCACCUGCUUUACCCACCACCCCCCAUCAACAAGCAUCCAUGAGCCCUACUUACAUCAAUUCUUCCCCUGAAUUUCCACCACCUCCACCUCCAGAAGUGUUGACAGACCCUGCCUUAUCAUGCCUCAAUAAUUCUUUCAGCCCUCCACCUCCACCACCACCACUGCCUGCUUGUUCCACCAUCCCUGCUUAUUCUCUACCCCAAAAUCAACUCCUAUCCAGUAUGACACCACCUACACCUUCUUCUGCUUGCUUGAAGGAAAUUAAGGGUAGCCUAAAACCAGUGAACUCAGAAAGGAGACCAGUGUCGCCUCACUCUGAGCGGCCUAGUAAGGUUGGCAUGCCUCUGAUCACCCCAUUUGCUCUGCAGAGUGUGCAACUUCGGCCAGCAAAGCGGCCAGAAAACAAUGAAGUUAGCCAGUUGGCCAGACCCCAAACACCAGAGAAACCUCAAAAACCAGGGAAUCCCACAGCUCCUCAGGUUUCUUCAGUACCUCCAAAUUUAAGGCCAUCAUCUCCAGAGAAAAAACUCUCCAUCCAGCAUAGCCAGGAUAGCUAUGUUGAAGCACAACCUGACUGUGAUGUAAAAUCACAUUCUGAACCAACAUCCUACCUUACAAAUGGGUACAUAGAUCUUGGCAAGGUUAAGGCCACAGCUGAAGUAGAUGGUCUAGAUACUGCCCUCUCAUCACCUGCAGAAGCACCACAAAACACUACACCCAAGAAAAAGCCUCCUCUGGUUUCCAAAAAGCCCACGUUUUCUCUCACCUUUUCUUCAGUGGAUCAUGUCAGUGAUUUGCUGAGUGCUCAGAAAGACGUUAACAUCUCUACGACUACACCUGAAGGUCUGGACCCCACACCUGUGCCAGAACAGGAAGAGACAACUGAGAAGGAUAGCAUUGGUAUUUCUGCACCUUCUGAGGAGAUAAGAGACAUUUCUCCCACAAAUUGUGAAGCUCAGGAGUCCUCCCAGACUUCUGGUACCAUCAUUCUUGAUGCAGACAUGGGUACCAUUGAAGCAAAUAAUGAAGAAGAGGGAGAAGAAGAAGAAGAUGAUGAUGAUGAUGAUGUAACCAGCAGCACAGGAUCUUUUGGAUCUAAAGAUGAUGAAAGUGGAGAGGUGUUUGAGUCCAGCACAUUGGACGUUGCUCAAUCUCCCAGCAUCAACGGUGACAGCUGUGGGGACAUGGUGACCCCCACUCGGCCCCGCACCACAGAGGACCUGUUUGCUGCCAUUCACAGGUCAAAGCGGAAGGUCCUGGGGCGCAAGGAAUCUGAAGAGGACCGUUCACGAGGUCCUCUUUCCCCACCGGUCACCCCCACAGGAAUGGCCCCCGCCUUGACCUCCUCCUUGCCACGGCAAACGGGCUCCAUACAGCGCAGCCUACGCAAAUCCCCGACCAGCAGUGACACCUUCAAGGCCCUCCUGCUGAAGAAAGGCAGUCGCUCCGAGACCAGCUUCCGUAUGUCUGCCGCCGAAAUGUUGCGCAGCACCGACCCGCGCUUUCAGAGGACUCGCUCUCUCGACUCCUCGUUCGAUCCAGCAUCUCCGACGGGCGAGAGCCCCUGCUCUUCUCCAGGCCGGAACAAACGGGCAUCCGAGGACUGGGCACGCAACGAGGGAAUGUUCUCAACGUCCCCAUCAUUAAUCGGGCCGAAGUACGGCCGAUCCCGCACACCGCCCUCUGCCGCCAGCAGCAAGUACAACGCCCGCAGCCGGAUCCUCAGUAGCCCCAUGACAGUUAUUUGCGAGAGGGAUGGAGAACUCACUGACUGUGAAGACCCAUGCCCUGUUUCUCCAUCAAACAUGCCCCUUCCCAACUCUCAGGACUCUAACAGCACUUUAUGUGAACAGAGCAGCAGUUAGGAUGAGAAACAGCUCCUUGGCAAAGGCAGAAUGUCUUCUCGGCACCAGAGAAUGACUGAGGGCAGACCAGGAGUUAAACUCUAAGAGGUCUUGCCGCCCGCAAAUUCAGGCAGCGCUGCCUGAUGUUGUAGUGUGGGCAGACAUGCAGAUCUAAGGUAGAUCAAGCGGUCAGCUCAAGCAGUAGGCAGUGUACUGCUAUACCUAUAGCUCUUCAGAAAUAAAGUAACCUAUCUAAUCAAAUUUGACCUUCAUUUCGGAGGGAACCCUGCUUUCAGUGGCAAUACUAGACUCAUCUUUUCAAAGCCUAGCAGUUACUUCUGUUAUUUUGUUCAGCCUUUUAUUUCCACUCUUCAGCAUUAACAGUCAGAUUUGUGUGGGGUUUUUUUUUGGUGAAGCUGUUAACGAAAGUUGUAUUGAAGGAAUUACUAUGUGACUGCUUGUUUUGGCUGUAGUAGUUCAAGUUGAUGGAUAUUGUGUCAGCGCUGUGGGUCCAAAGAGGUGCGUCACAUCACAAACUUCUCAGAGACAGCUCUGUCAGCGCCUUUCAGUCAGACAGCUUUAGUACACAAGAUGAAGAGCACACAGACCAAUUUCUACAAGAGACUUAUCUUUUCUUACGGUUUGGACCAUUGGAAGUGUCUGGAAUAGAAAAGGAAUUGUGGGCCGAGAGAUUGGAGUAACGACGGCUUGUUUGUGGAAACAAAAAAAAAAAAAAGUUUAUUUGGUUUUUGGUGAGUAGGUUUGCACUGUGUUCAUCGUCUCCUUUUAUUUGUCAUUUAAAAAGCAUUGUGUCUGUGUUGGUUAUUUUAAAGAGUUCUGACAUCUUACUUGAAACAAAUGACCGGUUUUACUUGUAAUUGUUUUGGUUACCAAAGAGCCGAACAGGACACUCUAACUAGCUGAAAUGUGAGGGCAUUUGUCAGACUGAGUUCUGUUAACAUCUAGUGAACGUGACUGCUUAAUUAUUAACCCUCCUGUUUACCUGUCAAGCAUUUUUUCUUUUUUCUUGUGCAGUUUUAUAAUGUUUUUUAUGUAUAUAACUAAAGAAAUGUUAUGUAACAACUGAACUUAUUUUCAAAGAAUUUGUACAUUUUAGAAACCUUUGCUAGGAGUGGCUUCCUUUUGUAGAGUAUUUAUUUUAGAAUAGCCAGAAUGUGGUUUGAUAUACUGUAGCUGGAGGUGGGCUUUUGGGAGGGAAGUGAGUGAAGUGUGAUUAGAGGGGACAUCCUUACAGACAUGUGGCCAGAGUCAUUAAGUUCAGAUUCACCAGUCACAGAACUUCUACCUAGUUCCUUCACCCAUCGAACUGAUGGAAAAGCAGAUCAGAAAAUAAAAGCAGAAUAAAUAACGAUGGCAAAGAGGAAGCAAGCUGCUAACCCUCUGGAGUAUGUCUCUGUAAUAAAACAUGGUGAUAUUUAAAAAUUG